CAAUAUUACUGGUGGAAGCUUUUAGACCGUGGGCCAGAAAUCGUAGCGUGCAGAAUCGUUCGGAGUUUUUGGUGGCAACUUUUUUUCUUUCCUAAUGGACUCCUUUUGUGACACUGAUUAAUAUUUUUGAUGUUGCCGGCAGAAAACCCUGCAAACUAAUGUGAAAAUCAAGGUAGAAAAUUGCCACUUUCCCGUCGCGUCGGCGAUGUUUUUUUGAACGCCGAUUGAGGGCGGUAUGUUGCAACCUCGAAUCAGCGCUUCGUAACCGAUUUAGAAAAUUGCGUUAAUUUUCCCGGGGAUGAGGAUGUCAGGAGAAACAUGGCGGCGCCCGUCGGCAGGACGUGCGUUUGCAACGUUGGCGAAGAAAGCGGUUAAAUUUCACCAUUUUCAGAGACGUGCUGGAAGACGUUUGUAACUUGUUGUCAGCAAUGGCAAGAAUUGGAUGGAAAGGAGAGGGAAGUUGCCCAAAAAAGCAAAGAUAUAGCGAAAAACGAACGACCAAAGGCCGAGUACGGCUACCACCGUCAUGACCGUACCGGCAUUGCUAGUACCACUGCCAGAUAUUCUGCAAUGUAUCAAAAAUAAAGCGAGCAAAACUGAGGAUGGAAAAGAGCUCAACUAGUGAAGGAGGUGAUGGCACAGGAGAUGUGGUAAUCCCCCGCAAGAGAAGACGCACAGGAGAGAAAGAGCAAAGGACCAGGCAUGCUCUACCAGUGGAGUGCAUCAUAUACAAGAAGAGCAAAUGGAUCCAGCCGCCAUAUGGACCGCGGAAAAAAGAGCCACUCACAAAGUGCGAAUAUGAAAAAGGUCAAGACAUGGUGGCAAUCGAAGUCCGGUAUCACAGAUCAUGCCACAAGAAUUACAUCAAGGCGACUUGCCGUGUACAGACUUGUGUCGUUGCAGUGAUUGUGAGAACACCACUACUGAAGACAUCGAAUGCCUGUCCAGCGAUGACGAAGAAAGUGACAUUGAAGACGAUGAAUAGACACAGGGACUUAUCGUAGUACAGAAAAGUUUACAUACCAGUAUUCAUCAUCAGCCAUAUUUAUGUGUUUGCUCAUUCUACAUGUACUUGUAAAUAUGCAUAGCUUUUUUUUGGCAUGGUGUAGACAGCAGAAACGUGAUUUGCCAUCAUGUCUUUCAGGAAGAAUAUUUCUUUGGUUUGUUUUUUACAGCAAAUUUCCAGUUUCCAACAGUAUAUUUGUAGGCUUAUGACAAUUCCUCAUCUACAAAUAGUUCUUCCAGCUCUACCUUCUGUCGACCCAAGUUGAUGCUUGAGACGAGCGCAACAGCUCCACACUUAAGUGAAAAACUCAAUAUAUGUAAUGCCUUGACAAUCCAUUAUUGCAUAAUUGCAUACUUUAUUACAAUAAUUAUGACAUAUAUGUAUUUGGAAUUAUGGAAGUUCCAGGUCUAGACAGUUAAUUUUUGUGUUAAUGGCAAAUUCAGGGAUACCUUGAAGAAUUUUUUUUAAGAAGAACAUAUUAAGUAUGGCCAAAGAUUUAUUUGUUGCUUAUUUAUUAAUUUAUUACCACAAAAUAAAACCUUUCCAAUUAGGUCAUUGUUGGAACCAAAUACUCUAUUUUAGGUAAAUGACAUAAUUUGGUAAUCUGCAAAUAAGUCUUUGAACUUCAUAUGGUAUGGAAAACUCGGUGAUAUCUUGAAACAAAAAAAAUUGGGUGGUACAAAGUGUUGACUGUGGUCAACUUAGCGUUACUUUUUGAUAGUUUGAGAAUUAAUUACCAUUUAUUGCUUGCAUCAAGGACUUUACUUUAGGUAAAUGAAAUAAGUCAGUCUUCUCCAAAUAGUUUUUCCUUCCAUAAACAUUUAAGAUUAAAACUUAGUGCUGUUAUAAUCCAAUUUGUUGCAAAAUUGCACAAUUAAUUACCAUAAUUAUGUAAUUAUGUUAAAUUUGGAGACAGCUCAUUUUGGAUUAAUGACAUAAAUGUACAUGUAAUUCAAUACUUUCAGCCUCACAUGCAAAAUUUCAGUGAUACCUUGAACAAACUAUUUAUUGGCAUAAAAAACACUGAAUAUGGCCAAAGCGUUAUUUUGUGCAUAAUUUCAUAUUUAAUGAUCACAACAAUAAAACCAUUAAUAUGAUAUUUUUCCUUGGCAUCAAUAUAACAACUGUUUUAGGUUAGUUAUAUAAUGCAGUCGUAUACAAUAACAGAAAAGGUCAGUCAUGCCUUAUAUGGAAAAGUCAGUUACAUGUAUGCCUUAUGUGCCAAUUGCAAUAAAACAUAUAUGAGCAUAUGAACAUUGUUUUUGCAUAUUAAUUAAAGUACAUGUAAUUAAGAAACCACCUUGUAUAUGAACCUACAAGUCUAUAGAGUUAAUAAUCAUUAAUUAUUCUAAGUGGGUGACGAUCUGCAUUUGAAUCGGAGUAGCCGUUUCUGAGAACUUUAAGGGGAUGGAUACCGCCAUCGGUCGCUAGGGACCCCUAAUAGAUUUUUGGGGGGGAUCAAACUUUGGACGGGGAGUGUGACUAAACGUGCCACUUAACAGCUCGGCAACAGGAAGAAUUGAAUUCAGCACCCUCGAAUUGACAAAGAACAAGCAUUUUUUUCUUGCCACCAAAAAUUUUUAACGGACUUCAUUUUCUAGGCGAGAUAGGAUUUCUGGCCCACGGUCUA